AAUAUCAAGAUUCAAAUAACAAGAAAAUAAAUACACAUCCAGUUUAAAAAUCAAGAUUUAUUCAAGAUAAGUGCACAAAGCUAAAGAAAAUUUCAAGAAUGGGAGAUCAUUAUCACCAUCGUUCAUCCGAUGAAAUUUCAGUUUUUCUUGACCAGAUUCUUCUCCGUUCUUCUAAGUUUUCCUCCGCCGCCGAUGCAGCAACAACCACCACUUCUUGUUCGCCGUAUAUGGGUGCACAUCCGCAGUCUUUAGCCGGAGUAGCUCAUGCUGGGCCAGUUUCUACUCUUGAGCAAGAUAGUUACUAUUAUAAUAAUAAUGGUAAUAUUAGUUUAAUGAAAGAUGGUAUGUUAGGGUUGGAUUUAUUAGAUGGUAAUGGAGUAGUAGUGAAUAAUAAUUUCACCGGAAAUGUGAACGGAAAUACAUCAUGCGGUGGCGGUGGUGGUAGUGAGAAUGAGACUGAUGAUCAUGAGGGUGAUUGUGAGAGUGAGGAAGCUGAGAUGCAGACAAAGGCAGGUUAUCCGCGUAAUAACUCAUCGAAAAGAAGCCGAGCUGCAGAAGUUCAUAACUUGUCUGAAAAGAGGAGGAGAAGUAGAAUAAAUGAGAAAAUGAAAGCUCUGCAGAACCUAAUUCCAAAUUCUAACAAGACUGAUAAGGCUUCCAUGCUUGAUGAAGCUAUUGAAUAUCUCAAGCAGCUUCAGCUCCAAGUUCAGAUGUUAUCUAUGAGAAAUGGAAUAAGUAUGCAUCCUAUGUGCUUACCAGCAAUUCUGCAACCAAUCGAAUUCUCUCAGCAUACUAAUGUAUCACCUAAUCUCCAACUGAAUCAAGAAAAUAAUACAGAACAAAUCGCCUUCAAUCUUCCGAACCAAAACAUGUCGAAUGUAAUGAAUUCGGAAUCAUCAUUCGGUAUGGAUUCUUCACUGCGUGCUCAUUUCGGCCCUUUUCCACUUCGGCCAUCGUCCGAGGAAAUUUGCAGGGACGAUGUGUUGCCACAUCAGCAUCUUAGUAGAAAUCAUUCUGAAAGAUUUCCUCCAGAAUUUGAAUUGCCAACAACUAGAGCAUCUAAUAAUUUGAAGGACGGCAAUUCGUUAGGAGCGUGUAUGAUCGGAAGAGAUCAUCAGAAUGAUAGCCUGUUUAUGAAGAACAUAGACCAUAAUCUCUUAGUUUCUCCAAAUUUACAUAGGGCGCAAUCGGAAAGAAACAUUCCUGAUGAUGAAAUUAAGGCGAAAAGACGAGAAAUGUAAAGAUUUCUAUGUGAUUUUUGUAUACGACUUCAACGCCUGCAUCGAAGAAAACAAGGUUACGACUAGUUAAUUAGUUAGGCUCGUCUUAAUUAUGUUGUAAUUAAGUUAGUUGUUGACGUAAAUAAAAACAAAAUGUUUGAAUUUCUGACAAGAAUGGGGAAAUUAUUUUUUUAUUAUCAAGAUAUUCAGGUUAUGUUC